GACCAAGUGGAAGCUCUGGCGAAGGAACAUGACCACGUUGAUGUGCUGUUCAACGUUGCAGGGUUCGUGCACCAUGGCACCAUCUUGGACUGUGACGAAGCUGACUGGGACUUCACCAUGAAUGUGAACGUGCGAAGCAUGUACCUCAUGUGCAAGGCUUUCCUGCCUAAGAUGUUGGAAAAAAAGUCUGGAAACAUUAUUAACAUGGCUUCUGUUGCUUCAAGCAUAAAAGGUGUUGUGAAGCGCUGCGUCUACAGCACCUCCAAAGCUGCUGUGAUUGGCCUCACCAAAUCCAUAGCUGCCGAUUUCAUCGAGCAAGGCAUUCGGUGCAACUGUGUUUGUCCUGGGACUGUUGAUACACCAUCCUUGAGGGCUAGGAUCCAGGCCCAGCCUGACCCAGAACAAGCUUACAAGGAUUUUAUGGCCCGACAGAAAACAGGCAGGAUGUGCACUGCUGAAGAGGUGGGACACCUCUGCGUGUACCUGGCUUCAGACGAGUCAGCCUAUGUCACUGGAACGGAACACAUCAUUGAUGGAGGAUGGAGACUGUGAAGGGCCUGUCACCUUCUCUUAGUGAUAAUCCAGUAAAUUGAGGAAAGCUUCAAAUCAAAAUUAAGAAGUCUGGAUAAUUAGAAAAAUAUUUUGUAAUUGUGCAUGUCUAAGCCCUGAAUGUCUGUCCUCACUGUUAAACAUCGCAAAUGUAGCCUUGCAAAACUAGUCAUCCUUCUGGAACCUUUUCCCUUUUUGAUGCUGAUCACAAGCUCUAAUAUAUUUUUUACACAAAGGUUCAUAACUGUGAAAGGAUAUAUGGUUUUUACUGCAAAGCUUUUCGAGAUUGUCUGUCUGCUUCAGCUCUGCGCAUGUGGAGGCUGAAAUUUCUACCCCUGAUUUUUUUUUUUACCCAAAACAUUUCUUUGUAGCUAUUGCUGUUCAUCUCCAUCCAUCUGCCAAAUAACUGAGUAGUUGGCCUGUCCAUGUUGAGGAAAAGCCUUCUCACAGCAUGAUGCUGCCACCACCGUGUUUAACUGUGGCUGUCGGUUUUCCUCCAAACACUGUUUUGCAUGUAGGAUAAAAAGUUCAAUCAUCUCACCAGAGGACCUUUAAAGAUUUUCAGAAAAGAUAGAUUUGUGAAGUGCACAACUAAUUGUUGUCUUCUUGAUGGAUUCUUCCAUCUGAGCUGUGGGUCUCUGCAGCUCCUCCAGAGUUACGAUGGAACUCUUGGUUGCUUCUGUAAUUAAUGCUCUUGCCUAGUUUUGGUACGGUUUCUGUAAUAAACAAAUUCAAUAACAAUUGCUAACAAACUUUCCAGCUUUGGGUGAUGGAGUGAAAUGUAUUUGAGAUUUUCAAAGUUUGAUUUCUAGUAUUAUAAUCUAAUCCUGCUUUAAACCUUUCCCAAACUUUGAUUUCUGACCUGUCUGUUGUGUUCCCUGGUCUUCGUGGGGCUGUUUGGUCAUGAAUGUUCUUUCUAGAGACUAAUCUACCCUGGUGUUGUAGUCGCAUUUAUUUUCAUUUAGGGGUAUCAUCAGAGCGAAAACUGUUGGAAACACAUGGCAAACCUUUCAGAUAUUUAUUUGUAUUAUUUUUUUAAAAAAUAUACAUUCCAUACUACCACUAAACAAAAUCUUCUGUCACAUACAAUUCUUAUAAGAUAGUUUGCUGUACUGUAAUAUUUAAUAAAAAAAAAACGAUGAAUCUGAAGCAUUUAGUAAAUAAGCAUUAUCAAGUUACAGGAGUUAUUGGAGCGCUCUUUUGGUUUCAUUGUAAAGCAACUGUUAUGUAAAAACAAUAAUAAUAAACUAAACUCUGAAAUGGGUAUUAAAUUAAAAAAAAAAA